UUGCAGACUCUGGCACCCUCUUCCAGCCCGGGCAAGGCCCGGGGCCCUGGGCAGCCUCCAGGUGCAGUGCCCUCCUGUGGGCAGCACCCUCCCUGCUGCCCUGGGGCAUGUCUCUACUCACCAAUUAUGAGGGGCUUCGGCAUCAGAUAGAGAGGCUGGUGCGGGAGAAUGAGGAACUGAAGAAGCUGGUGCGGCUCAUUCGGGAGAAUCAGGAGCUCAAGUCUGCAAUCAAGACUCAGGCAGGCAGCCUUAACAUCAGUGGGCUCACCAGUGGGCUUGGAGAGAUGGCAGCAAGUCCCUCCCAACGCCAGGGUGUCUUCCUGCCCCCGUCCCCAGCUGCAGCAGCAAACGAACAAGUCCUGGAAGAAGUGGGGGUUGUGGCCCUGGCAGACAUGCUGAGCAGCCCACAACCCAGCCCUGCAGUGGGCUCCUUUGUGAGCCCCAUGAUGGGCCCUCUCAACACGCUGCUGUCCAACCCGGUGCCUGUGUCACAGAGCAGCCCACUCACCAGCCUCCUGACCGGCCCCCUGAGCAGCCACCUGGCCAGCCCCUUAGCAAUGACCCCAGGGGGCACCCUGACCAGCCUGCCCUCUACUGGCCCCCUGAGCAGCCACCUGGCCAGCCCCAUCACAGUGACCCCUGGGGCCACCCUGACCAACUCCCUGGGCCUAACCUCCACCGGCUCCCUGAGUCCAGGCAGCCCCUUGGCCAGCACCCUGGCAGGCCCCAUGGCUGUGUCUCAGAGCAGUCCCCUGAUGGCCCCCAUGGCAGGCCCAGUAGCCGUCCCUCUGAGCAGCCCCCUGCUCACCUCCGCAGCCCCCCUAAGUGUCUCUCAGAGCCUUCUGGCCAGCCCCACGGGCGGCCUGAUUGGGCCAGAGGCCCCAGGGGUACGGCUGGCAGACACGCUCCAAGGAGGUCACUCUGGGCCCCUUUCCUCAGCUGGUGCAGGGUCCACCAUCAACUCCAAAGUCACAGCCAGUGAACACCCCCAGCCAAUCCAGGAACCAGAACCCCUCAGCGUGACAUUUGUGGGUGCACCCCUCCAGACCUCCACCCCGGUGGGCAUCAUGGCCAUGCCUGGUCCCACAACAGCCUUGUAUGGCACCGCGGAUGCCCGAAUCCAGCCCGGUGUCCCCCAGGGACAGAUGGUCCCUGCCUCUAUCCCUACCUCCCCAACUGCCUCUCCUGCUGGCACAGUCCCUGCCCCCACCCCCCAAGCUGCCAACAACUGCACCCCCUCAGGCACCAUCCCCACCCCUCCCCGAGUGCAGCCCUCUCCCAGCCGGCCCUUGCCUGUCCCCCAUUCUCCUCCACGCAACCCCCAAUCCUCACCACGUACCUCAUCCUCCCCGGCUUCGGUGAAUGACACCCGGGGGUAUUCACGUACCACGGAACCAUCUCGGAAAGGCCUCCUGGAGUUGGAGCGGAAGAUGGCCCACCGCAAGACGAGCAAGUUCCCCGAUAGUACCCGAGAGUCGAAGCAGCUGGCCUGGGAGAGGCUGGUGGGAGAGAUCGCCUUCCAGCUGGACCGCAGGAUCCUGUCCAGCAUCUUCCCGGAGCGUGUCCGCCUCUACGGCUUCACUGUCUCCAACAUUCCAGAGAAGAUCAUCCAGGCAUCCCUGAACCCCAGUGACCACAAGCUGGACGAGGAGCUGUGCCAGACACUCACUCAGCGCUACGUGAGCAUCAUGAACAGGCUGCAGAGUCUGGGCUACAAUGGGCGGGUACAUCCUGCGCUGACAGAGCAGCUGGUGAACGCGUAUGGCAUCCUGCGUGAGAGGCCUGAGCUGGCCGCAUCAGAGGGCGGCUCCUACACUGUGGACUUCCUGCAGCGCGUGCUGGUGGAGACAGUGCACCCCAGCAUGCUCACUGACGCGCUGCUGUUGCUCUCGUGCCUCAAUCAGCUGGCACACGAUGAUGGCAAGCCAAUGUUCAUCUGGUGACGCUGGUGCCCGGCUGGCCAGGCUCACUCUGCCCCACACCCCUGUACACGGCCAUUAAAGCUUCCCACAAAUAC